CCAUGUCGGCGCCGACGGGGAUUGCUGUCUCUCCAGAGCUAACUUCUGCAUUUUCCGAUGCUGUGGAUUCCGGGAACGUACGAUUCCUCAAGAUCUCCAUUCAGAAUGAAUCUCUCGUUCCAGAUGGCACUCACCCACCAUCGGGCACCCUAGAGCAGGAUCUCGACAAGCUUGGUGAUAUUUUAGAAGAGAGCGUGCCUGCGUAUGUCCUGGUCCGGCUGGACGACCCUCCUACGGAAUGGCUGGCUGUGUACUAUGUGCCCGACUCGGCAAAGGUCAGGGACAAGAUGCUGUAUGCGGCUACGCGCAAUACCCUGACUAAGAGCCUUGGAUCAACGCACUUCACCGACAGCAUCUUCGCUACUGCGAAGGAAGAUGUCAAUGCGGAAGCGUACGCGAAGCAUAAGCGUCAUUUGGCUGCCCCCAAGCCGCUGAGCGCAAGAGAAAAAGAGAUGGAAGCCGUCAAGGCCGCAGAACGCGAAGCAGGCGGACGGAGUUACGAAGGCAGCCGGGCAAGACAGAAUCAUGUCGGACAAGGUGUCUUCUUGAAAUGGUCUCCUGAGGCGGAAGAAGCUAUCAAAGACCUUGUUACCGCGGAUGAUAGUCGGCUUGUGAUACUGUCAAUUGAUCCUACGACGGAGACGCUACUACUAACGUCUACCAACCAAGUUGAUGUUUCGCAGCUGGGAAGCUCCCUCCCUCUGGACUCGCCAUCGUAUGCCUUCUUUGCUUGGCCGCAGAGCAUCACUUCUCCCCCGCGUCGAGAAGUCGUCCCCAUCUACUCUUGCCCCUCUGCCUCUCCCGUGAGGCACCGCAUGCUAUAUUCGAGCGCCGUUCUGUUCGUCGUGAAGGAAGUGAAAGAGUUCCUUUCCUCAACCGGUAGUACCUCCACUUUGUCUUCGCGCAAGGUCGAGACCUCGGAUCCUUCAGAGCUGGAUGAGAAAUACCUUGUCUCCGAGCUGGGCUUAGCCGGAGCCGACGUACCGACGAGCGCAGCAAGUGGUCCUGCUGAAGGUGGCGAUAGGAAACCAUUCGCACGUCCGAAGGGUCCGGGCAGGAAGCCACGGUAAUCCAUCGGGAUAGUGGUGAUAGGAUAGUGGACGAUGCUGGAGUGUAUACGCAAUGUAGAGUAUCCCGACCGCUAUAAACAGC